UAACAGAGAGGAAUUGCCUGCUUUUUUCUCCUCUGUUAAAUAUUUCUCUGAUGUUUGUUUGAGUCUCAUUUAUCAAGAUGGAGCUGUUCAUAACCAUUCUCACCCUUACUGUUGUUCUCUCAACUGAUGCUGAAUUUGAACAUGAAGGUUACGAGUUUUACGUAUGCUCUGAUACAUUAGAAGAAGAUAUAAUCGGAUAUGAUGGAGAUGAGGCGUGGCAUGCCGACUUCACACUGAAGAGAGGAGUAUACACAAUCCCUGAUUUUACAGGACCUGUAACGUUUCCUGGACUUUAUGCAUUGGCUGCUGAUAAUAUGAUCGGAUGCAAAGUGGACUUACCAGGUUUCAGUGCAGAUGCCAAGAGCAUACCACUAGUGAUGGAAACACCCCAGACUUCCAUCUAUCCAAAGGAUAUUGUAAAGCUGGGUGUUCAAAACACCCUCAUCUGUCAUAUGACCGGCUUCUAUCCUCCGUCUGUCAGCAUCUCAUGGACUAAAAAUAAUGUGAAUGUGACUGAGGGCAUGAGUUUAAGCCGAUACCGUCCAAGGACAGAUGGUACCUUCAACAUCUUUUCCACUCUUAAGUUUACACCUACUGAAGGAGACAUUUACAGCUGCACGGUGAGCCACAUGGCCCUCCAGGGUCAACCUCAGACCAAAAUAUGGGAUGUCAAUGUUGCCCUCCCAAAUGUUGGUCCAGCAGUGUUCUGUGGAGUGGGUCUCACUCUUGGACUGUUGGGAGUCGCUGUUGGAACUUUCUUCCUCAUUAAAGGAAAAAACUGCAACUGACUAUGGAGCUAUGAAAGCAAACUUUGAAAAUAUCUAUUCAUGAUAUUCAAUAUAUUGUAACUGCAAUUUGAAAACAAAGCUAAAUUUCACUUGAGUGUCAUUCUACAUGACAUAUAACAUAGUUGAGGUUAAAGACAUAUGCAUCUGGAUUAAAUCUGUAGCAUUUUAUUGUCCUUCAAAUAUCAAAACAUAAUCAACUUUGAUUUCUAUGUAACACUAAACAUGCUUAUAUUAAAGAUCUACAAGCCUUUAAUUAAAUGAAAAAAUAAAAAUAUUUUUAUUGCA